GCAGUCGCCAGCAGUUCGUUGUUUACAAUCAUGCCAUAUCAAAACCAGCAGAUUUUUCCCUACUUACUUCUGCUGCCCGGAUCACGUCUCGUCGCGAACCUAAACACUGUGUUCUAGUGGCGUAGGAUUCAAACAGCUUCAAUCUCUUCUCGCGAGUAUUCUCAAUAACUGGUGAAACGUCGUCAUGGUCGGACGGUUAAAGUAACUUUCCCGUCGCGUAUCGAAACGUGGUGUGUUUUCGUCGGGAGUGAAUCUCAAAAUAAUUUAGGCCCAACAAAAUUUUCCAACAUUGAAAAUUGGUUUGUUUGCUACGUGUCAUCCGAAUCCGAAUCUCCGGGAAGUGCAUCAAGAGAGGGAAGCUGUCUCGUGAUCCUGACUAAAGGGGGGUGAGUUUAUUGGAUCCAAAGGAAAACCUUGAAGCUGUGAGGAGUGCUUGUCUUCUGGAAAAAUAUCUUCCUUCGGGAAGUGCAGUUCAAAAGUGAAUCUCGUAAUCAAGAAUCUCAAAUGGUGGAGAUCCGGAUCUGACGGAAGUGGGUGUGAAUAAUCGAGGGUUGUGGAUGCUGUGAAUCAAGUUUGAUUGGUGGACGGUCUCGUGACGAGAAAAUUGCUGAACGGAACUGCAAUCUGCGCCUCAUCUGAAGAAAGGAUAACAUUUUCCAUCAACAGAUUAGUACAAGAUUGGAUAAGAAGGCAAUCCGGACGAAUCCUGAGGAAUAAUUCCCUCUAGACCAUGUCCAACCGCAGAGGCAACCGUAGCAGGAAGGAAUUUUAAGUACACGCUACCGGCCGAGCAAAACUGGCGCCCGCAGUGCAAUUUUCGUAGCCCAGCACGUUCUCCCCCUCAAGGUUAGGCCCACCACCCCCUAAAUGGCCCCAUGGCGUCCUGUAGCCGUGCGCACGCCAUCAAUGCGGUGUUGGUGGCUGGAUUUCUGCUGAUACUGCUCAAUCUGCUCGGCUCUCGAUGGGACUCCGCACCGAUAGGUCUGCCACGAAUGGGAACAACCCAAUGGCCGAAACGCACAAGGACCAGUUCCGAUCGGUUUGUUCAGGUCCACGCGCCACAUCAGAACCGAAGCAUCGACAGCAGAAACAUCAGCAACAACGUCAACGGUUCCCACCAGCGUGAGCUGCAUGCGAACCAUGACCCUAACUACAACAAUCAGUCCGCGCCCCGGCAGCCAAACAAAUCCCUCAACAAUAAUGAUAUUCCUGUUAAUCAAUCGUCAAAAUCUCAAAAGUUCAACGAAUCUCAACCGACGACGGCGGGUAACAGCAGCAGCAGCAGCAGCAACGAUACUAACCCUAGCUUAAGUAGCAAAAAUUCCACUAGCAUUAGCGACUACAGUGAGAAUCUCGUAGAAGUUGUAAGUAGUAAAGAGCAGGUAGCCAAUAGUAGCGGUAAGAAAAUUGUUCCUGAAGCACAGCGUCAGCAGCAACCAAACGAAACAAUACAGACUGAUGGUAGCGGCGGUGGUGGCAAUGGCACUCGGCUUAUCGAUAGCCUGGUGAGAAAGCUGGCAGGAAAUAGCUGUCCACCGAUUCCGCCGAAUUUAGAUGGUCCCGUCGAAGUGGACGCCACCUUCGAAACGCUUUCGUCCGUGGAGCAAAAGCUGGCCACCAAGCUGCUUCCCGGCGGGCAUUAUAUUCCCCGUGAGUGCACAGCUCACGACCGGGUGGCAGUGAUUGUACCCUACCGGGAUCGAGAACAGCACUUGCCCGUAUUUCUGAAGAAUCUCCACCCAUUCCUGAUGAAGCAGCAGAUCGAGUACGGUAUCUACAUUGUUGAACAGGCCGCCGGGUCGCAGUUCAAUCGAGCAUCCCUAAUGAACGUCGGUUUUGCCGAAGCGAUGAAGCAGAAAAACUGGGACUGCAUGGUGUUCCACGAUGUGGAUCUACUGCCAAUGGAUGACCGGAAUCUGUACACCUGUCCGGAUCAACCGCGGCACAUGUCUGUAGCCGUCGACACGUUUGGCUUCAAGCUGCCUUAUAGUACAAUUUUCGGCGGUGUAUCCGCAAUGACUGCCAAGCAGUUUCGUACGGUGAAUGGCUUCUCCAAUUCGUUCUGGGGCUGGGGUGGCGAGGACGAUGACAUGUCCAAUAGGCUGAAACACGUAGGGUUCCACAUUGCACGUUAUCCAAUCAAUAUCGCACGCUACACCAUGCUGAGCCACAAAAAGGAAAAGGCCAACCCCAAAAGGUACGAAAAGCUCGUUACCGGUGCGAAGCGGUUCGACAGUGAUGGACUGAAUUCGCUCCAUUAUAAACUGAUCAAUCUGAUCCGGAAACCGUUGUUCACCUGGGUCCACGUGGAAAUUUCACAAGAGAACAGCUGAUGACAGUCAAUCCUACCGAAUUGGCUAGGAUGAAACCAAACAACCCCGGCCGCUAACACGGUCGCCAUGUAGCAUGGCAGUGAUGCUGAUGUGCGGUAAGUGAACAAAAGAAAAAACCUUCGAAUAGGAAGCCCAAACCAAAACUACUCCCGACCAAAGUCGUCGGAACGAACGGAAUCUCCUCCCCUUCAAAGAUCUGAUUGUACUCCUCGUUACUCUUUGUAAGUUUAUAUUAUUAGGUAGCAUUAUUGCGUAGUUCGUUUUUUUUAUCUGUCUUUUUGUUGAUCUGGUGUUCACGUGUUGAGGAAGUGAAAGUUGUAAAAAUUUACUAGGAGUGUAAGUUCAAAGUGAGAAGAUAUUAUUAGGCAGCUGUGUUACUUAAUUUAGAUGAAGAGGAGUUUCAUCAUUAUGAAAUGAAUGAAGCAAAGAGUGUUUUAGAUAAAACUGUUAGGAGAUCAAACCGGGUUUUAAACGCGAAGCAUUCAGCUAGUGAGUUGUACUAUUGAAGACAAUAGGUGGGGUGUGUAGAUUUUUGCAAAACACCCGAACAACUAGGUAAACAUUCAAUGGGACUAAAAUGAACUCGUUGCGCGAGCAGAUAUUAAAGUAGAACAGAAAUCAAAGCUUCAAGAUGGUUUUAAUCAGCAACUGUCGCAACAAAAAAUACAUUUGACUAGUUAUCGCCAAGCGACUUCACAUUCAAACGCCACAAAUUAUCCAAUAAUAGUAAUGCAAUUGUUUCGAAGACUGUUUGUCAAUCAACCGUUCUAGUAAGCCAAAAAAUCGCUUUAAUUGAUACUUACAACAAUCUCAUACGACAGUUCUGAGUUAUGUCGAUUGAUCGAUUCCACUUCGGGAAACAAAUAGUGAAAUUUUAGUUCCGUCCUGCCGAUUUGAGUAACGAUGAUUAUUAAAUGACAAACUUGUAAUCAGUUCAUCCAAUUUAAACGUAAACUCGAAUAUUAGGACAAAAAAAUCAGCGCUGCAUAUAAAACAUCCAAGACAUUUCGAGACCUAAUUUUGUGUAAUAAAAGUAUUAGGGUGCGGCCAGGGUAGACGCGAAACGCGAAGCGAAAAUCGCAUGGGAAGAAUAAUAAUUAUCAAUAAUGAAAUGUCAAACUCCAAAGGAUUUUCGCUUCGCUUCGCGUGACGCGCCUACCCUGGCGGACACCUUAUCAAGUGGACACAUUAACAGUAGCAAAUCGAAUGUAUGAGUCUAUCGUUGAGAACAAUUUAUAAAAAUAUAAUUAUUGAAUUGUUAGUUUGGUUUUAAUUUCAAAUGAUGUUUUUUAACUUUCACUGACAAUAUGGCUACAUGCUGUUUACGUUGAACGAUUUUUGAACAUGAAGACAAAUAUGUUGAAUUAUCUUGAACUCCUAUUUUUUUUAUUCUAACUGGAAUAUGAAUUUGCAUCUCUGAUUUAGGUACUUGUCGGAAUCCAAACAUGGUUGUCAAACACUCCGCACCAUUUUUUUUUUUAAGUCCGGAGUCUUUUCGGUGUAAGUUGCUUGCGAUUUUCAAAUUGUCUAAUUGUAUAAAGAUAUGAUGGAUUCAACAAUGCCUCCAAGAAAUCUGUAAAGAAAUGUUGGAGAAAUUCUCUAGAAUUUUUAAGAAAAAACUCCAAAAAUGUUUUUAAGUAUUUUUAAGAAUUUUUAAGGAGUUUGGUGAAAGAUUUCAAGCAAACCUACAGGGAUUCAACUAGUAAUUCUCGAAUACAUUUAUUCGCCAAUUCUUCCAGUUAUCUUCGGUACAUCUGACAAGACAAGGCUUUUCUGGAAAGUUGUUUUGCUAACGAGAAUAGCAGUGUUGCCAAUUGUUUGUCCAGACUUUUUUUUUGUUAAUUAUCAUCAAAAUAUCCGUACCGCUGUAUUACUCUCCAUCCGCUGAUACUCUCAUACAUUUAAUUUCUAUCAGUAAAGAACGUAAUUUGAAAGCGCUGUUACUUACGAUCUGCAUUUUAAAAUUUACUCAUUAUUAGAGAUUCAACACGUUUGUCUUUUGAAGGAUUUAUUUAUUUCGUAGGUAGAAAAACAAUCAUUUACGUUAAACUGUGACGAAUCAAAAUGUUUCAAUCUCUUUUGAUUUCUAGUGCAUCGAGCCAUUCGUUAAAUUGCAGGUAACUUCCACAGGUAAAAAAAACAAAACUCUAGUGCUUUCAGUUCAAUUCCAUUAUAAAUAGAACCAGUUAAAACAAAGUUAAACCAGCAAUCAUCAUUGCAUAGUAUUACCCAAUGACAAUAUCGCACAAGAAAUAAAACAGUGUUUCCAGUACUCAAUUCCUAAAGAAUACAGUUAAUAAAAUAAUACCAUACAAAAUCUACCACAGUUUAAAUUGAUGCAAUAUUUUCAAAAUUUCGCCCUUAAAGUUGUUAAACAACAUCUACACUGUCAAACGUCUUUAAAAGCGUUUCAAAUUUAUAUUAAAAGAUAUCCAACUAUGACCCGUAGACAGGUAUAGACUCUGCGUUACGAAAUAUCAUCUCGAUUAGAAUUAUCUAAUCCAAACAUUAAAAUUUGUUAGUAGAUUUGUAUUCAUUUUU